GGCUGGGAAACCGGGGUGCGGGAGGAAACUGGAGCUGGGCGGUGAGCCCCGAGGCUCCACUCACUGCUCAGGUUCCUCCGGUCUGGGGUGACUGUGCCCGGGGGUCACGAUCGCCUUGUCAGACUAUGCUUUCAGAAUAUUCUCUGCAUUGCCAACAGCAAAAGAAAAUGAAUGGAUCUCUGGAGUUGGUAUCAUUUGAGGAUGUGUGUGUGGACUUCAGCUGGGAGGAGUGGAAGGACCUGGAUGAUAUUCAGAAGACACUAUAUAGGGAUGUGAUGCUGGAGACCUACAGCAACAUGGUUUCCUUGGGACACUGUGUUCUUAAACCUGAAGUGAUUUUUAAGCUGGAGCAAGGGGCAGAGCCAUGGCUGAGAGAAGCCCCAGACAACAAUAUCACAGAUGUCCAGCAAUUAGAUGGCUUGAUUGAAAUAUGCCAGGAAAGUCCAGACACACACCUGUUGCAAGUUGUAAUCACCAGUAGCAACACAGUGGAAGAAAGAGUUAGCUCUUUAGGUGUAAAAGGUGUAGGAAAUCAUUUUACUAUAAACCAGGCUUCACUCACACAGCAGAGAUACCCUAUGAAAACAAUGAAUGCAGUUAGCAGAAGUAAGAUCUCAGCAAGUCUCAGAGAACUCACACAGGAGAAAAAUCACAUGAAUGUAACACAUGUGGAAAAAAUUUCAAGCAAAACUCAUACAUCAGUGUGUAUCAGAGAAGACACACAGGAGAGAAAUCUUAUGAAUUUAACCUAUGUGGAAAGCUUUUCUAAUGGACAUCACAGGUCAGCAUGCAUCAGAGAACAUACAGGGGAGAAACAAUAUGAAUGUAAUGCCCAUGGAAAGUGUUUCAUCAUACAGUCAUACCUCAGUGAGCAUCAGAGAACACACCCAGGAGAGAAACCAUAUGAAUGCAACACAUGUGGAAAGUCUUUCAACUGCAAGUCAGGUCUCCGCAACCAUCAUAAAACACACACAGGAGAGAAAUCUUACGAAUGCAACAAAUGUGGCAAGUCUUUCAACCACAAUUCAGCCUUGUAUGUGCAUCAGAGAACACACACAGGGGAGAAGCCAUAUGAAUGUAACACAUGUGGAAAGUCUUUCUCCCAGAACUCAAACCUCAAUUUUCAUCAGAGAACACACACAGGAGAGAAACCAUAUGAAUGUGACACAUGUGGAAAGUCUUUCAACUGCAAGUCAGGUCUCCGCAAACAUCAGAGAACACACACAGGUGAGAAACCUUAUGAAUGUAGCAAAUGUGGCAAGUCUUUCAACCACAAUUCAGCAUUGCAUGUACAUCAGAGAACACACACAGGGGAGAAGCCAUAUGAAUGUAACACAUGUGGAAAGUCUUUCACCCAGAACUCAAACCUCAAUGUUCAUCAGAGAACACAUACCGGAGAGAAACCAUAUGGAUGUAACAAAUGUGGAAAGUCUUUCGCCUGCAAGGCAAACCUCAAUAACCAUCAGAGAAUACACACAGCAGAGAAGCCAUAUGAAUGUAAUACAUGUGGAAAGUCUUUCAGAUGGAUGUCAGAUCUCAGCAAACAUCAGAGAACACAAACAGGAGAGAAACCUUAUGAAUAUAACAAAUGUGGCAAGUCUUUGAAGCACACUUCAGCCUUGCAUGAAAAUCAGAUAACAGACACAGGAGAAAAAUCAUAUGACUGUAACACAUGUGGAAAGUCUUUCAACUCCAAGUCAGAUCUCUACAAACAUCAGAGAACACACACAAGAGAGAAACUAUAUGAAUGUCAUAAAUGUGGCAAGUCUUUCAACCACAUUUCAGCCUUUCAUGUACAUCAGAGAACACACACAGGGGAGAAGCCAUAUGAAUGUAACACAUGUGGAAAGUCUUUUGCCUGCAAGUCAAACCUCAAUAACCAUCAGAGAAUACACACAGCAGAGAAGCCAUAUGAAUGUAACACAUGUGGAAAGUCUUUCCGAUGGAUGACAGAUCUCCGCAAACAUCAGAGAACACACACAGGAGAGAAACCUUACAAAUGUAACAAAUGUGGCAAGUCUUUCAACCACAAUUCAGCCUUUCAUGGACAUCAGAGAACACACAAGGGAGAAAAUCCAUAUGAAUGUGACACAUGUGGAAUCAACCGCAAGUCAGAUCUUGGCAAACAUCAGAGAAUACACACAGGAGAGAAACCAUAUGAAUGUAACAAAUGUGGACAUUCUUUUGCCUCCAACUCAAACCUCAAGAAGCAUCAGAGAAUACACAGAGAGGAGAAGCCAUAUGAAUGUAACACAUGUGGAAAUUUGUUCAUCAAGAAGUCAAUCCUCAAUGAGCAUCAGAGAACACAGCUGGUGGAGAAAGCUCAUGAAUGUCACAUACAUGGAAAGUCUUUAACUGAGAAGUCAAAUCUCAGUGCACAUCAGAAGACACACAGGAGAAACCAUAUGAAUGUAACACAUGUGGAAAGUCUGUCAUUCACAAGUCAACCCUCAAUGUGCACCAGAGAAUGCUCACAGGUGAGAAACCAUAUGAAUGUAAUGCAUGUGGAAAGUCCUUCAUCAAGAAUUCAUUUCUCAGUGAGCAGCAGACAACACAUAAAGAAGAGGAUUCUUAUGAGUGCAACACAUGUGGAAAGUCAUUAAGAUGGAUGUCAAAUCUCUACAGGCAUAACAGAACACACACAGGCAAGAAGUCUUAGUAAUGCAACACAUGUGCAAAGUCUUUCCACUGCAAGUCAAACUACGAUGUUCAUCAAAGAACACACACAGGAAAGAAACCUUAUGACUGUAACAAAUGUGGAAAGUCUUUCACCUAUAAGUCAGUUUGUAACAGACAUUAGAGUUUAGGGGCUGGGAAUAUGAGAAAUCAGCAUCAAAUCAGAAAGAUGGAAACAAAGAUUCUAAGAGCUUUGAACUUUGGUCUGAGCCACCCUGGAACCAUGCACCUCCAUCAUAGUGCACAAAUGUUGGAGAGGUUGAUGUUGAGCAGCAGACUUUGACCAAAUACCUGGGGGCGCUGACUAUGUUGGACUAUGAAAUGAUGCACUUUCCCCCUCAAAUUGCAGCAGGAGCUUUUUACUUUCCACUGGGAAUUCUUGACAGUUUUGCAUGGACACUACCUCUUCAUUACCUGUCUUUCACUGAGGAAUCCCUUUUUCCUCUACGUCUUUUCUUCUAAGCUGCUUUCAAGGUACUAGGGACCUCAACUAAUGUAUACAGUUGCCACAUUUGUUUAUAAACUUGGCACUUUUUUUUGUAACUGCAGUUUAUUUCUAAUAUGGUGAAGAGAAGUAAAACUGUUACUUCUAUAGAGCAUAACUGUGUGUGAGCGAAGUCAUUUUGGAGAGCUUUUUACCUAGUUCUGUUUCUCAGUUAAAGCCUGCCACCUCGUUCUGGUUCUUUGGAUGCUUGCUUCCCUGCUUCUGUUCUCAUCACUUUCUUGAGCUACCAAAUUUUCUUUUUUGUAACUUUCUCACUUUAAAUCUGCAUUCUAAAUCCAGUUUUCAUUUUAUGUGUUUGUUUUUGUUUAUUCGUUGGGAAAAUAAAACAUGAUAUUCAGAACAAAAAAAGUUAAUUUUCCCUACCUUUCUGAAUUUUAUGCUCCUGAAGGAUAUUGACAGAUUAAAAUACAUCUAGCCUCCACUGCCCUUUGAAAACAUCCAUAUAUGUGAGUUGCUGUGGAGCAU